AUGAAACUGAAGCUGCCUAACCCUGGUCUGGAUGAGUGGAUAUCAUCUUAUGACGCAUUGGAGAGGCUGGAGGUGGAGGAAGCAGGAGACGGAGGCCUCAAGGAGCGCCCAAAGUGGGACAAUAAGGUCCAGUAUCUCCUCACUUGUAUUGGAUUUGCCGUGGGGGUAGGGAAUGUUUGGAGAUUUCCUUACCUUUGCCAGAUCUAUGGAGGAGGCGCAUUCCUGAUCCCUUACUUGAUAGCGCUGGUGUUUGAGGGUCUACCUCUGCUGUACCUGGAACUGGCAAUCGGGCAGCGUCUACGCAUGGGUAGUAUCGGUGUCUGGAACUCCAUAUCGCCGUAUCUGAGUGGAGUGGGAAUAGCUUCCAUGCUGGUGUCUUUCCUAGUCAGUUUGUUCUAUAACACCAUCCUGGCCUGGGUGCUCUGGUAUUUCUUUCACUCUUUUCAAGAACCGUUGCCCUGGCGUGACUGUCCUCUCAAUAAAAACUUGACAGACUAUGAAGAGGAAUGUAAAGUGAGCACUCCUGUAAAUUAUUUCUGGUAUCGACAGACACUAAACAUCACACCUGCUGUUGAGAUAAAUGGAUCCUUACAGUGGUGGAUGAUUAUAAGCACAGCUACGGCGUGGUGUGUUGUCUAUAUCUGCUUCAUCCGUGGCAUAGAGACUAUUGGCAAGGCAGUCUAUGUAACAGCCACUUUCCCAUACCUGGUGCUGACUAUUUUCCUCAUUCGCGCAUUAACCCUCCCUGGUGCAACAGAUGGUUUGGUUUACCUCUUUACCCCUGAUGUGACUGAGUUGUUUCAUCAGUGGGAACUGCUGAAGAACCCUCGGGUCUGGCUAGAUGCUGCCACUCAAAUCUUCUUCUCCCUGUCACUAGCGUUUGGAGGUCUCAUUGCCUUUUCCAGCUAUAACUCAGAAAAGAACAACUGUGAAAGAGACACUGUUCUUGUGGGGUGUAUAAACAGCGCCACAUCCCUGUAUGCCUCCAUCCCUGUAUUUGCCAUCCUGGGCUUUAAGGCAACUUCCAACUUCCACAGUUGUUUGAAUGGUAACAUAUUGGAAAUGACCAAUGCCUUUGACAUUGGCGAUCAAAACAUUACAAUUGAAAACUAUGAAUCCUGGAGUAGCUACCUCAACAGCACAUAUCCUGACAAAUUCGCCAGCCUACAGCUUAAAUCCUGUGAACUCCAAAAGUUUCUGGAACAGAGCGCAUCAGGUACAGGCCUGGCUUUUAUUGUGUUCACUGAGGCUGUGAUCGAGAUGCCUGGCUCUCAGGUGUGGUCCGUGCUGUUCUUUGUUAUGCUCUUCAGUCUGGGACUUUCUUCCAUGUUUGGCAACUUAGAAGGGGUCCUCACCCCACUGCUGGACCUCCAUUUGGUGCCAAAGUGGAUACCCAAGGAAAUUUUCACAGGUCUGAUUUGUUUAGUGUCCUUCUUGUUUGCUCUGAUUUUCACCAUGGGCUCUGGGAACUACUGGCUGGAGAUCUUCAACAGUUAUGUGGGCUCUGUUCCUCUCCUCGUCAUUGCCUUCUUUGAGAUCAUUGGUGUGGUCUACUUUUAUGGAAUGAACCGGUUCAGUGCGGACAUUGAAUACAUGACAGGCAGGAAGCCCAACCUGUUUUGGCGUGCAUGCUGGAUGUUUAUCAGUCCCAUUAUGCUGUUUGUUGUGUUCAUCGCUUACAUAGCUGUUCAAGUGCAGGAGCAUCCAAAGUAUCCGGCAUGGAACCCUAAUUAUGAAAAGUUCCCUGAGUUUGAUAUUAAGCCGUAUCCUGACUGGGUCUUUGGCGUAUGCAUUCUCCUCGCUGCCAUUCCCGUGAUCCCCAUUCCAGCAGCAGCACUGUACAGGCUCAUUGUUUGCAAGAAAACAACAGUAGACUCCCGCUUACCAAACCCGUACGAAAACACAGCCUACACUGGGGACCAGUAG